UUUUUGGUGGUGGCGCGAAAUUAUAUUCGUCGUGUGUGAAUGUUGCGCCGCAUGUCGACUGAAUAUGCACCCGCACGCUUGUCGGUUGCGCCGAUGAUGGACUGGACCGACCGUCACUACCGGUACAUGAUGCGGCUGAUCACACGUCGAACGCUCCUCUACACGGAGAUGGUCGUCGACGCAACUCUUAUGCACCAGAAGCACAAUCUGGACUACUUUCUCGGACACGACUCGUUAGAACAUCCACUAGCUCUCCAACUGGGAGGCAGCAACCCCGCCAUGCUCGGAGAGGUGGCAAAGAUGGCCGAGUCUUAUGGCAGCUUCCACGAAAUCAACAUUAACGUCGGGUGUCCGAGUCCGAAGGUGUCCAAGAAUUGCUUUGGAGCUCGGUUGAUGCUCGACCCUGCCCAUGUGCGCGACAUUUGCCACGAGAUGCGCCGCCAAGUGACGUCCACCCCCAUCACGGUCAAGUGUCGCUUGGGAGUUGACGACUUUGACUCGUACGAGUACUUGCACGAGUUUGUAGCGACGGUGCAGACGUCGGGGGUGACAGAGUUCACCGUCCACGCGCGCAAGUGCUGGCUGGACGGUCUUCGCCUCAGUCCACACGAGAACCGGACCGUGCCAGCGCUGAACUACGACUUUGUCGGGCGGCUCAAGGCGGACUUUCCGCACCUGCGCAUCAUGCUCAAUGGAGGCGUGUCUUCGAUUCAGCAUGCCCACGAGUUGUUGCAGGAUCCAUCGUUGCAAGUGGAUGGGAUCAUGAUCGGCCGCGCGGCGUACAACACGCCGUGGAACUUUCGCGACGCCGAUCGCUUGCACUUUGGAGUGCCGAAUCCAGGGCUGUCGAGGCGGCAGGUGGUGGCCGCGUACUUGGAUUAUGCCGACGACAUGCAAGCCAAGUGGGGCAGCGUGCGCAAGCCCGGGCAGUACGCCAUGCCCACGUCGCUGCUCAUGAAGCCGCUCUUGAAUCUGUUCAACGGCGAAUUCGGCGGGAAGGCCGUGAAGCGGCACGUGGCGCAACGGUGGGCGGACCGACAAGGCGAACAGCUGGAACUGCGGGAUCUCGUCGAGACUGCCAUGGAAGAGUGCAUUCCUGCGGCCGUGCUGGACGCUACCUGCGACGACGAUGACGAUAUCGUCGAUUAAAUAGAGAUAAUACAAUUAUUGUCGAUUUG